GACUAUGAGACGGGUCGUAUAACGCGUUAGAUGGGACGAAAACAAUAACAGUAUUCUAAGGGCUGAAUUUCGUUUUGUACUUCAAUUUUAGGUAAAAGUUCAAAAUGUCUACUAUGGACAAAGAUCGUUUCCACCGAGCUGCUCAGGACGGUUACGUUGACCUUUUGCAUCAUGCCACAAGAAAGGACUGUAACGCUCCAGACGAAGAAGGCAUGACGCCUACCUUGUGGGCAGCUUACCACGGCCACCUAAACGCGCUCCGUGUACUCACUGGCAGAGGGGGUGAUCCAGACAAAUGCGACUAUUUUGGAAACACAGCUCUCCACUGUGCUGCAGCAAAUGGCCACAUGAAUUGUGUUUCAUUCCUCGUGAGCUUUGGUGCCAACAUGUGGGCCUUAGAUAAUGAUUAUCUGUCUGCGAAGGAUGUAGCAGCCAACAACAGUAGAGAUGAUAUCUUGAAGUAUUUGGAUAAGGUCAUGGACACACAACAGAAGAAAAACAGCAAGAAUGUGGAUAAGAUGAAAGAUAAGGCUAAACGAGACACAGAGAAGCGUGUGAAAAAUCUCCAGAAGAUCCAACAUAAAGCCAUUAAACUGGCUGAAAAGUCUGAAAGAGAGUUAGAAAAACAACGAAAGAUGAUGCAUAGUAAUGAUAUUCAGCCUGAUCAGAGUAAACCUAGGCUCUCUUUUACAAGUAUUGGUCAAACUUUCAGAAAGGACUCAAAGCUUCUUUAUACUAGCUCACCAAAGUACUCAGAUAUUGUUAACAAUAGCCAAAGCACUUUGGGCUUGAAACGAGGGCGAGGGGCUGUGUCUAAGAAGAUUCAACAAAGAAAAGAAGUUAUUGAAAGUGACUUUAAGAUACGGGAAGUAGAAAGUCAUGGAAAACAGUCAGUAAGAUCAUUGUCAGGGCUUCGUAGAGAUUCUGAAGUUUUGUAUGUUCCCAGAUAUGAAACUCAGAACAGUGAAUCGGCUAGACAGCGUCCUCUUCUGAAAAAUGUUUUUGAUGGUAAAAAUUCUGCUCGUUCUCAUAGUGAGCCAAAUAUUUUUCAACCUGUAGAAUUUAGUCAACUUGAGCCAUCCAGCAUUUUUGAGCGACCUGGGUUUGGUAGUAUGGCAUUUCGUGGCUCCUUGACUGGAGCAUUGCUGUCCCUGCCCGAUCAUGAAGACAACAGCUAUGAAGAAGAUGUCCAGUCUAAAGAAAAUGACCUAGACCACAGAAAUGGUAGUGUAAAUGACAGCAUAGGCAGUGCUGGAAGUUUAGCUAGACGUCAUGUACCCUGGGAUGGUGAAGUUAUUCUAGAUGAUGAUAAUGAUGCACAUGACUCCACACCAAUCAUCCUAUUUCUUGCAGCACAUGGGAUGACUGAGUACAUUCCUCUUUUUACGAGGGAAAGGAUUGACCUAGAGUCUCUCAUUCUACUAACUGACAGUGACUUGAAGGACCUCGGUUUGCACUUGGGUCCCAGAAGAAAAUUAAGACAAGCUUUGGAAGAACGAAAAAAGGCACUAGAAAACCCAGGAGAAGUGACUGACACUAAACUGUAAGAUCAGAAGACAAAAGGAUCAAAACUGUAAGUCAAAUGCAUGUUUGAAUAAGAUAUAGAAUACAUGGCAAAUGUUUAAAAAUAAAAUAAAAUGGAUCAGGAUUUUACUUAAACCGAAAGAUCAUUUUACCUCUGGAUGUUAAGUAAACAGUCAGAUAUAGAGUAUAAUGAUGAAAGAUAACUAACAGGAAAUGAUAAAAAAUAAUAAACCAUUGAAAGUGAUAAUGGAUCAUGAUAUAAAGUGUGGCACUAAUUGAGAAAGUUGCCGACGUUUUAACAAGGAAUACACAACAUAUGUAUGACUACAAUCAACACUGGUGAGAAAUGAGAAAAAAGCUGGACAGAGAUAGUGACUGUGAAGCUAUACACACUAAAAGGGUAACACUAAUUGGGUAAGUUGGUAACUGGACAUUUUAAUGAGGAAAAUACAGUAUCUGUAUGACUUGAUCCAAAAGAAGUUAUCUUGGUGACAGAUGAGAAGAAAGUUGGUGAAUUUGGUGGAGAUGGACAAAGGAAAGAAAUGGCCAAUUCCUGAUUAAAGGAUGGGGAAACAAUGACGUCCAAGAAAAUAACACAUUGAAUGUAUAUUGUAUAAUAAUAUAAUUGUAAAAUUAUGCUGAAAUUAUAACUUUAUAAAUAAAAAAUUCUGUUGAAUAAAUUGAUGCUAAAAUCAUGGUGCCAUAAAUAAAUAAUUCUGCAUAAUCUUUUUACUUUUGGUUGAUGGCAAAUUCAUUAAUGCCAAACCUAGAAGGGAAGUAGGAUACAUAAAUGAUAACCCAAUGUAUUGGACUUCCAAAAGAAACAUCAGUUGAGUGUUGAAUCCAGAGUAUUAAGAAAUUUUAUACUCAGAGUUUGUAAUUCACUUCUUUUGCAGAAAGCCCAUUGAGUCUCUCUGCUCUUAAUGACAAAUAAAAUUAUUUCUUAAUUUCUGU